CUGAAAGUCAACUAGCGACUUUUGCUUUUCGCGAAAGCGACUGCCACCAAGACUUCACCAUCGCAUCGCGCUCAUACUCAGUCCACUGCUGAUCGCCACUGCGAAGCUCUGUGCAUCGAGUAAAACAGUAUAUCCGAGGUUAUAAGCACAGCCGCCCAAGUUGCGAUCCUCUCCGCGCCAUCAUGGCGUACAAUCCGUAUGGAGUGCCGCCUUACGGCGCUCCCUUGAGCUACCCGCCGUAUCCAGGUGCAUCUCUCGCACCUGGAAUGGCGCCCCCGCCGCCCGGUCUAGGUCCUCCUCCAGGCAUGUCCUCUGCCCCUGGAAUGGCACCGCCUCCUGGUGUCCAGCCGCCCAGUACUACCACACAGGCUAAUCGACCAAGCGGCCUUCCUGCAUCUUUCCAACCGCCGCCGAAUCUGCCCAACAUCAAUUUCAACGCUCCCGUGAUCCGACUAGGCGCCAGCAUGACCUCCGCAAAACCGGGAUCGUCUCUGGCCAGCGAACGCAAAGAUAGCCACACACCUAGUUCGGGCCGACCGGGCCUUGGCUCAGAGCGCGGCACCGAACAGUCGCGCGCGCAGAUGCGAGAGAGUAUGCAGUCCCUAGUGCCGCCCACCACAGAGGAGCGUCUGCGGACACUCUUUGUGCACAAAAUCCCCGACGGUGUCGGCGGCGAGGAGGGCAUCCAGAAGUUGCUGGGCACGGUCGGCAGGCUGCGCCGGUGGGAUUCGGGCCAGUCGCAUCUCUCCGAGCACAAGGGGCUUUUAUUUGGGUUCGCACAGUACGAAGACCCCGAAUCGCUAGCUGCUGCAGUAGAGUUACUCAAAGACAUCGAGGUGCCCGCGAAGAAGCAAUCCCCGACCGAGAACCCGCCCACCGAUGAGGACGACAAGUUUGAGGGCAUCGAAAAGGUGGCGCUGAAAGUCGAGGUCGAUCCGAGCACCCUCAAGUACCUGGAAUCCUGGAAGGAGAGCAGGGGCGACGAUUCGGGGAUGGAGGCCAGGCUGGGCGAGGCGAGACUUGCGUUGAGGCAGUUUAUCCGCGAUCUGUUUUAUCCCCGCGUUCACAAGGCGCGGGAUGCUGAUGGUGACACGGCGAUGGGCAACGGAGCAGGUGGUCCAGGCGACAACGUCGAGGUCAUCAACAUCCCGCUAGCCCCAGAAGACGAUCUUGCCGACAUCCCCGCUGAGAUGCGCGCGACGGUUGCCGCCGAGAUUGCAGCAUUCAGAGAGCGAAGUAACCGGAGAGACAUGGAACGCCUGAGGCGCGAGGAGGAGUUUGAGGAGCAGGAGCGUCAACGAAACGGCGCGCCACGCAAAUCGCGGCUGGAGUCGUCACCGCCGCCAGCCAACUCCAACAUGGUCCCGCUCGGACCCCGCGGCGUCCCCAAUGCGCCGUCUGGUCCCCGCGGCCAGAACCGAGGCGUCGAGUUUGUCAAUGGUGGCUCCACAAACGGCCAUGUACCACAGUUCCGGGACGAUGACGACACGGAUGCCGACGACGACGAACUAUACGAGCGGGAGCUCUCUAAACAGCGGGCAGAAGAGGAAAAACUGUAUCUCGAGGCAGAGCGCAAAUGGGUUAACCGCGAACGUCAGCGGGCGGCAGCGCUGGAGCGAGAGCAGGAGCGCGAGAGGUCUGAGACGGAGGGCUUCGCGCGUAGGAGAGAGGAGCAGCUGGAGAAGGAUAAGAACUGGGACGACGACCGUGAAGCAUCACGGAAAUCUCACCUCUAUUACCGCGAUCACGGUCAAUGGAUCCGAGAGCGGACGGCAUUUCGGGCUGCAGAGAUGGCAAGGGAUGACAUGGAUCGGCGUGCCGAGGAGGAGGAGCUUCGCAAGGCCGAGGCCGACAUGGAGCAUGCCAGAGAUAUGGCCGAUUCCUUCCUCGAACGGCAAGCUGCGGAGAUGGAGAGGCAACCGGCUGCCCCUGCGGCGCCCCAGCGGGUUACCAUUUCAUUUGGCGCUGCCGCUCAGAAGGCGGCUCAGCGGCAAGCUACUGCUCGGCGGACUGUUGCCGAAGUGGAAGGUCUCCUGGACGACGAGGAGCAGGAGCAGACGACAAAGCGGCAGCUGGUGCCCAUCAAGUUUGAGCCCAUCACAGACACCAAGGCCAUGACAGAAGAGGACAUUCAGAACGCUGUCCGCGCGCUUGCCCACGAGAUUCCGGUUGACACGGAGGGUCUGUGGGCUUGGGACGUGAAGUGGGAUUACCUGGAGGAGUCAGUCAUCCGCGAGAAGCUACGGCCGUUUGUGGAGAAGAAGGUGGUUGAGUAUCUGGGAGUGCAAGAACAGUUCCUAGUUGACAUGGUGGAGGAGCACGUGCGCAAACACCAGAAGCCUGCCGAGCUGGUUGAGACACUGGGCGAGGCGCUUGAUGAGGAUGCCGAGGACUUGGUCAAGAAGCUGUGGCGCAUGGUAAUCUUCUUUACAGAGAGUGAGAAGCGCGGCCUGCCGGCGUGA